AUGCAGAACGAUGUGUUGGCGACGGGCAUUAUGAGUUUUGCCAUCCAUGAGGUGGUGUACUUUGGGAGGUGUGUGCCGUUUAUGAUUAUGGACAAGAUCCCCUAUUUCAGGAGGUAUAAGAUCCAGGCGAAUAAAAUGCCCACCCUUGCCGAACAAUGGGCCUGCGCCAAACUGGUCCUCCUCUCCCAUUUCACUGUCGAACUCCCUCAAAUCUGGCUCUUCCAUCCCAUGGCUCAAUACUUCGGCUUGUCCACGUCUGUUCCUUUCCCUCCCUGGUACACAAUGGCCUGGCAAAUCGCGUUGUUCUUCGUCCUCGAAGAUGCAUGGCACUAUUGGUUCCACCGAGUCCUCCACUUGCCUCGACUCUACAAGAUGAUUCACAAGCUGCAUCACCAAUACAGCGCUCCCUUUGGUCUUGCCGCUGAAUACGCCUCGCCACUGGAAACCAUGAUUCUUGCAUUCGGCACCGUGGGAAUCCCCAUUGUCUUUUGCGCGUUCACUAAGAACCUUCAUAUCGUCACCAUGUAUCUCUGGAUUGUGGGCCGUCUUUUCCAAGCCAUUGACGCGCAUUCUGGGUACGAGUUUCCCUGGUCGCUACAUCACUUCUUGCCCUUCUGGGCGGGAGCGGACCAUCACGACGUGCAUCAUGAGAAGUUCCUGGGGAAUUACGCCAGUUCUUUCCGAUGGUGGGACGCGGCAUUGGGAACUGAUAUCGGAAGUUCUUCCCAAGACCCGAAGAAGAAAGAAAGGAAGGCCGUGGAAGGAAAAAGCCAAUAG